AUGGUGUUAAAAAUACUCCAAAUGAUUCAUUAUGCACCAUGUGAUAUGUUUCUAUGUGAUACUCAAAUUGGUUGUGUUGCUAUACCAAAAGCAAAUUGUCCAGAACCAAACCAAUGUUAA